AAGCGAACAUUUGAGGCGUGCAGAAGCAAAAAUACAAUACGCAGAGCAUAUUUUGUCUAUAUUUUUCAAGAAGAGAAUUGUGAAUGAUACUUGAAACAAGUGCAAGUGACAACAACAGCAACAACAACAACAAGUGACAACAACAACAGCAACAACAACAACAAAAUGCAUAUAAGCAAACAAACAUUGAGUGCCAGUGUUGUGGGCUCCAUUCUACUCAUCGUGCUGUGCCGGAUCGGAUCGAGUGCUGGCUAUGCCAUUGGUCAGGCCAAGUUUGGCAAUAUCGAGAAUUUCCCCUACCAGGUGAUGCUCAUCGGUAAGCAGUUGUGGCGCAAGCGCAUCCUCUGUGGCGGCACAUUGCUGGACCGGCGUUGGAUCCUCACCGCCGGCCACUGCACCAUGGGCGUCACCCAUUUCGAUGUCUAUCUGGGCACACGGAGUGUUGCGGCCACCGAGCAAUUGGGUGGCUUGGCAUUGCGCUCCAAUAAGUUUAUUGUGCAUGAACGUUUUCAUCCGGAAACGGCAGCGAAUGAUAUUGCGCUGGUCAAGCUGCCCGCGGAUAUUGAAUUCACGUCGAGAAUUCGUCCGGCGGCGUUGCCAAUCCGCCAUAGUAUGGAUCAGUUUACGGGCAAGAGUGUGGUGGCCAGUGGUUGGGGCGCCAUUGUCGAGAUGACCAAUUCGGAUGCGAUGCAGUAUACCGAGCUGAAGGUGAUCUCAAAUGCCGAAUGCAACGAGGAGUACGAUGUGGUCACAGACGGUGUCAUGUGCGCCAAGGGUCUCAAGGAUGAGACGGUCUGCACUGGUGACUCGGGUGGUCCACUUGUUCUUAAGGGCACCCAGCUCCUUGUGGGCAUCACGAGCUUUGGACCCGCCAAUGGCGAGUCUGGCGGUGGCUGUGAGCGCACCAACAUUCCUGGUGGAUUCACUCGUGUUACAUACUAUCUGGACUGGAUCGAGAGCAAGAUUGGCAGCCAGCCACAUCAUCAUCAACAACAACAACAACAACAACAUCAUCCACAACAUCGUCAGCAUCACAUUUAUCGCGAUGAUAAUCUCAUUUAAGCUAAGUGUUUAGUGAUCUUAACUUUGACUGAAACAAUAUCGUCUAGCUUUAUAAUUUAUAAUUGUGAUAUUUGUAGAUACUCCUCUCCAUUAGCUAAUUUCCCAAAAUUAUUCAUGAAUUUGUUGCUAGUUUGUAACUAUUUAAAUAUAUCUAUUAUUUAUUCUAAUUGUAAGUGGAAGAAAAAAAACAAUGUUCGACCUCCACAUAUUGUGGGGUGUUCAAAACAAAAAGAAAGCAAACAACAUUUGCAAACAAAUAAAAAACAAAAAAGAGUUGAAAAGAUUUUUAACAAAACAAAAACAAAACAAAA